AUGGUACUUCGGAUCUCUCCAGUAAAAUCAUUAAUUUUGGUUGCUUUUGUAUUAUCGGUUUUCGGAAUAUUAAGCAAUUAUAGUGAUUAUUACACGCUCAAAAACUAUUCUGUUCACCGAGAGAAAGAUGAACAUUUCAGAAAACAUAAUAAUUCGCAAUUGAAAGAUACGCCUGCAAGCAACAAAGGCAAAGAAGAAGAACAAAACAAAGUUGAAACUUUAAUGAAAAAGGAACUUCUUGAUGAAAAUUCCUUGCUGUUUCAUCCUUUUGACAAUGCUUGCCAAUUUCCCAUAGUGAACAUUUACGCAGAAGAUAUAAAAGUUUGGCGUUAUUCUGAGCGUUUGAGAACGAUGAAAUGUACAGCAGAUAAGCCAUUGGCUUCACAGGAUAUUGAAGGGUAUUUGUACAUACAUCCACAUUUGGCAAACUACCCCAACAAAACUGAAGAUAAUGAAUGCUAUAUCGACAUUAUUGAGGGAGGCUUACGGGAUCCAAUCACGAAUAAAGGAAAAAAUGACUAUCGAGUGGUUAAAUCUUUCAAUGCUGCUCCUAAUAAGCGUAUCCUGGUUAACGCAAAUGCUUUUGUUGUUAGAUGUCGGAACAAGACAUCUAAUGAAAUGGUGUGGAGAAAACCCUUCCCUGGAAUAUAUAGCGAUGAGUUCCAGAAAAAUACAAUACGAGAAGUCUCCGAUCUAUACUCUUAUGAUAAUUACGCAGUAGAAUCACGCGUCUCAUUAUACAAAAAAAAAACUGUUCAACCACUUCGGUACUCUGUUGAUGGAUUAGGUUUUGACUCAACUUCGCGUUCAAUGUUUUACCGUCAACUACCACGUACAGUAGAAACUAUGAAAAGAAUAGGAUAUCAUGUUCUUUACGGUUACACUAAGGUUGGAGAUAAUUCGAUGGUUAACUUGGCACCAAUCUUUGUUGGAGAUGUCCCAGAAGCAUUAGCGGAGAAUAAAUUGGAUGCCAGUGGAGAUAUAAACGCAGAAUGGAUUUUGCCAACCAAAAAAAAAUUAGAUCCAACUAACUUGCGGUUUUUAUGGCAACAUAUGAAAGAGAAGUAUGGCUGUAAGACCAUGUUCAAUGAAGAUAUUUCUACAAAUUUUUUUGGCCUCUUCACUUAUCCUAGAGAAGAGUUCCUACCCGGGUUCAUCAGAGCACCAGCUGACCACUAUUUCCGAGCUUAUUAUCUUGCUGUUUAUGAGAACUGGCGCUAUGGUCCUUGCCGCAAUGGUGAACAAGUUCAAAAAGAGUUUGUAGAUUUAUGGCAACGAUUCGCUCACCAGCACAAAGAUAUUUGUCAUUUUGCAUUUACUUUUAUUACAACACUCACACAUGAAGACGGAAUGUUGUUGGAACUUCUCGACGAGCACAUUUCUGCUAGAUUAGAACGCUUACACGAUACAGGUGCUUUGGACAACACAUUAUCCCUCAUUUUGGGGGACCAUGGCAAUCGUAUCGGUUUAGUACAGUACUCUUACACGGGGCGUAUAGAAGAGCGGAUGCCUCUGAUGGCCAUACGUUUGCCGAGUUCGUUCCGUAGACGUUUUCCAGAACAAUAUGCAAAUUUUCUUGCAAACAAGUACAAGUUAACAAGCAAUUUCGAUAUACAUCAAACUCUCACUGAUAUAGUUGAAAUGAAUUUUGAAAUCGGCAGAACUAGGAAUGGACGUGGAAUUUCACUCUUUGAUAAAAUAUCAGCAAAUCGCACAUGCUUUGAAGCUAGUAUUCCUGAGAACUUUUGUACAUGUCAACAAAAUGUCAAAAAUGUUACAAAUCCAGUUAACAAGUUAAGAAUGAAACCUGCUGUUCAUAUACGAGCGAAUGCGCUAGCCAGCGCAAAGCAAUGGAUACUAGAGAAAAAACUCACAAAUUGCAUGGAUCCAGGGAAACUUAAGAUACAUAAUGAAUAUGAUACUCUUGCUAUCAAUAAGUUUGCUAGACAUGGCUUACGGAAUAAAGCGAAUCUAACAAGAAACGCUGAGAUCAUGAGCAUGCCAGACAAAUAUGACUUUCUGAACCAUCACGUGCAUAUAACUGGGCUAAUCGAGAAUAGAUACAAAACUGAAUUGUUGUUUCGAAUAGACAACUAUCUCCAUACUGAUGACUUCCGAGUUGCGUUUGAGCCCGCAGUGGAACAUUACGAAGGUCCUGCUCAUUGCUCCGAUAAACGAUCUCUCAUUGAUCUCUGUAGUUGUCUCUUUAAAUAUGAUAGUUCUGGUAACACUGUGAGUCCUUAUCCAAACAUUUAA